GGAGUGGAGCACACAGAGCGGACGCAUACGUUUAGCCAGCUUGCUACGGACAAACUUUUCUGUCCGCAACGCGCGGGACAAAGGAAUUUAUUGUAAUAACAAGCCCGUUAAGAGGGCGAGUGGGAACUUACAAUAAAAUCGUAAAAAUGAACCGGAGUUUUAAUAAAUCUCAGUCUUUGCGGUACUUGGACUGCAGUGCUGUUGAAGUUAAAAGCAAGUAUGGGGCCGAAUUCAGGAGGUUUUCGGUGGACCGGUUCAAGCCGGGGAAGUUCGAGGAGUUCUACAAGCUCAUCUUGCACAUCCACCGGAUAACCAACAUUGAGGUGAUGAUCGGCUACGCAGACAUCCACGGGGACCUGCUCCCCAUCAACAACGACGACAACUUCUGCAAAGCCGUGUCCACCGCCCACCCACUGCUCCGAAUCUUCAUACAGAGACAAGAGGAGGUCGACUACAGCAACUUCGGCACCAACACACUGACCCGGCGGAAGAAGGCGGGGGUCACCCUGCGCAACGAUGUCAACCGCAAGCGGCCACACAUCCGCAUUGGCAUGCCGCAGGACUUCCGGCCAGUGUCCUCCAUCAUCGACGUUGACAUCCUGCCCGAGUCCCACCGGCGGGUGCGGCUGUACCGUCACGGCUCCGACAAGCCGCUGGGCUUCUACAUCCGGGACGGCACCAGCGUGCGGGUCACGCCCCACGGCCUGGAGAAGGUGCCCGGCAUCUUCAUCUCGCGCAUGGUGCCAGGGGGCCUGGCGGAGAGCACGGGCCUCCUGGCCGUCAACGACGAGGUGCUGGAGGUCAACGGCAUCGAGGUGACGGGCAAGACGCUGGACCAGGUGACGGACAUGAUGAUUGCCAACAGCCACAACCUAAUCGUGACGGUCAAACCGGUCAACCAGCGCAACAACAUCGUGCGGAGCAGCCGAACAUCGGGCAGCUCGGGCCAGUCGACGGACAGCGGUGGCUCGGCGGGCUACCUGGGCCCCCCCGGCGCCGUGGCCGGGGCGCACGGCUUCGCCGCUGACGAGCUGGAGAGUGACGAGGAGUCGGACAUCGUCAUCGAGAGCAGCAUCAAGCGCCCGUCCCGCCGCUCCAACGCCUCCACCGUGUCGGCCACCUCCCGCUCCCCGGCGCUAUCCGCUGCCGGCCCCGCCCCCCCUCCCUCACCCAGCCCACCUUCCCGCCCCGCCUCCGUCGUCUCCACCGCCUCCUUCCACUCGGGGCCCAGCCUGAACGGGGCUGCCCAUGGCGGCAGCCUGAGCUCCAAGCUGCACAGGGACCUCACCCUCCAGCCCCACCACAGCAGCAACCCCGCCCUCAGGGAGAGCAACGGCAGCCUGCACAAAAUCCUCAGCACCCUGCGCACAGACCCCCGGCACAGUCUGGCCCUCCCCCGCGGAGGGGUGGAGGAGGACGGCACUGUCAUUACCCUAUAGUCCGGCCCCCCUCCCCUCCCCACAACCAAGAGACUGCUCUGGAACACCUGAGAAACUAAACCCCACCCCCUCCAAACACACAGACCACUCACUCUAUUCCAUUACCACACUCAAGAUUAAAAACGCCUCUUUGUAAGAUGAAACACUUUUUUUUAACACGUAUGUAAUACAGGAAUUAUGUAGGUUUUUUGUCAGACUUUUUAAAACAUCUUUUUUUUGUUUCAUUUGAAAGAGAGGCGUUUGAUGAGGAUUAAAGCGUAGCGGCAGUUUGAAGCCGGCCCGCUGUCUCUGAAUGGGGUGACCGUGCAUUGUUAGUAGUGCUCAAACGGCAAUCUGUUAACACCAGACAUUUUGCCUAUGUCAUGGUAUUGGGACCAACAACCAGGUGCUGUUCAUAAAGCUUUCAUAUUUUUAUGGUUUUAGGCAACUGAAAAUGUGUCUUAACUUGAGCUGGUCUGACAGAUUUGCACAAUUCCAGUCAGUACUUAUUUUAAGUGUUAUAGGAUGAGCCUGCAAAAUGUUCCUAAAGCUGAUAAAUUUGCUUAAAUUUGAUUUACGGUUUGUAAUUUACAUAUUGCAGACUAUUUUCAGUGGCGUUGAGAUUGUUGAAUCAGCAAUAUUCUCUCAGUAUCAAAUGUGCUUGUUAUUAAGAUGGACCUUCUGCAUUUCAUUCUUUUUUCAUAAAUCUACCCUGAAAGAAUUCCAUAAAUCCUUCUAUCAUGGGUCAGCCUACACUAACUUAAGCCUAGCGCACACGUUCCUGUUUUCGGGCUUGAUUUCGCUAUUUUAAUAGCUGGAGUUUGCCACAAGUUUGCUGAGGUUUGGGCUGAAAUGUGGAAAGGCUAGCCAGUUCUCAUUCAGUGGCAUGUUUCAGGAGCCACCAGGGACUGCCAACAGCCAUUGAAAACGAACCUUCCGCCGAAGCAAAGUGUCAACGAGAAACAACUUUUUCUGUAAGCUGUUUACUGCCGAAUUACAAUCAAGCGACGAGAGAGCCAGGGGAGAACAAUACAGUGGCAAAAGAUGCCAGCGCCAUGCCAGAAACACUCCCUGAAGUGGAAGACCAGGAGUACAGGUUGUGUUGGGAGCACGAGGGUUUCAUUGAGCUGCACAGAGAAAACUACCACUGCGAACAACACAAGCGCGAUAAAGUGGAAAGUAACAGCCGGGUACUUUGGCAGAAGUAGCCAAUCACUUUUUUCAUCCCGGGGAUGUCGUCAGUGCUUUGUAACUCUAUAGGACAGCCUCACUGACUGGCGGAUGGCACCACCUGCCUCUGAAAUCACUUUGAAUCCUGAGGUAGCGAAGUGAAGCACGGUUGUCCAUUUUUAAAACUUGUGGGAUGUCAGCCCC